UUUUAAUCACAUUUAACCAGUUGUGAUAAUUAACCUGUGAUGGAGGAGAGAAGUGACGGGAGCGCGCUUCAUCACUCCGCCACCCUCACCAACAAACAGCGCGGGAACGAGCUCACAGUCCGACCUGCAACUCUGGACAAUUUGUCUAUUCAUCAACUAGCAGCUCAUGGAGAAAUCUCCAAAGUGAGGACACAAGUGGCCAGUGACGCCGCUUUACUGAACAGUCAGGAUGAACGAGGAUUCACAGCACUUAUGUGGGCAGCAGCGUUUGGAGAGAUCGAAAUGGUCCAGUUUCUGCUAGAGAAGGGUGCUGAUCCAAAAACCUUCGCGAGGGAGCGUGAGAGCGCGUUAUCCUUAGCCAGUGCAGGAGGAUACGCAGACAUCGUCCAGAUGCUUUUACAGCACAAUGUCGAUGUCAAUUCCUACGACUGGAACGGAGGGACGCCUCUUCUUUAUGCAGUCCGUGGAAAUCAUAUUAAAUGCGUCCAAGCUUUACUCCUAAAUGGAGCUGAUAUUACAUUCGAAGCCGAUUCUGGAUACAGUCCUGUGGCACUCGCUAUUGCUCUUGGAUACAAAAAAAUGCAAAAGCUGCUUGAGGAUCACAUACUGCAACUGCUCAAAUGAUCACACACACACACACUGAGCACACACUGAAUACACACUGAACACACACACUGAACACACACACUGAACACACACACGCCUUUUUAAAUGCCUUUUUUUAAGCUUUGUAAUAAAACUAUUACCAUACACCUGCCUUUCAAAGCCA